ACUGGAACCUCCUUAUCUACCGCCUGUAGCUUGAAGACAACCGGACGGUGGCCCUUUACGCUCUCGACCCCCUCAGGCGGCCGGGCUGCUGGAGAAACCACGGACAUCAGACCGGAGAAGCGCCCAAGACCCCCAAUGGUAGGAGAGGUGCUAUGGAUGAUCACUUGUACUUAGUGAAGGUUCUAACCUGCCAAAAUUGGCUUCAUUUUGGAUUUCUGCUCUUUCAGCAGGCCUAGAAUAUGGAGGGGAGUUGGCAUGAUAUUAUAUUUGUUCAGCCUGGCGAAAAAGGGGCCUUUCUUUUUCCCUGCCAGCCUUUGUGGUAGACAUUUAUGGCAGGGGAAAUUUUCAUCCUCCUUGUCUUCAGCAACAUCUUAUCAGUGUUUAUGUUCUGUGGAGGAGAAUGUAAGUCACAAUGUGCACGAAGACGGAAAAAGCAUAGAAGACAUGAUAUCCCUCUUGAAGAACUGCAUCAGAAGCAAGUGUCUGUCUCAUGGGAGGCGGGUUCAUCAACAAAUAGUGGACCUAGGGAUACAGGCCCAUUAUGCUAUCCAAAGCUGUCUGGUGGACAUGUACUUGAAAUGCGGCAGUCUAUCAGAAGCUCGCUCUAUUGUGUCCAAUUGCCAGGUCUCCUCCCAGCCCUUGUCUGUUUUCUGGUGGAAUACCACUAUCAAGGAACAUGUCAAGCAUGGCUUAUUUGCAGAUGCAGUCAGCCUUUACAAGCGCAUGCUCAAGGUUGGGGUGAAGCCAGAUAAUUUUACUUUUCCUUUUGUCCUAAAAGCAUGUGGUGAGCUGUCUGCCUUAGAUGAUGGAAAAGAAAUCCACCGCUACAUUUCUACUGAUGGUUUUGUGGCAAAUGUAUUUGUCUAUAAUGCCCUCAUUUCUAUGUAUGCAAGGUGUGGAUGCAUCAAGAAUGCGCAUGACAUAUUUAAUGCAAUGCCAGCCGACCAAAGAGAUGUUGUUUCCUGGAACUCAAUAGUAGCAGCUUAUGUCCAAGGUGGCAAUCCAGAAACUGGUUUACAGAUGUUCUCCAGGAUGCAAGAGUAUGAUGAGGCAAGGUUGAUAAAAAAAAGACUUAUCCCAGAUAGGAUAAGCCUUGUCAAUGUUCUUCCCGCCUGUGCGUCACUGCGAUAUGCCCUAGGCGGCAAGCAGAUACAUGGUUAUGCCAUACGAAAGGGGCUCUCUUGUGAUCUUUUUGUAAAUAAUGCAAUUAUUGACAUGUAUUGCAAAUGUAGCCUGAUGCUACAAGCUGUCAAGGUUUUCAAUAGAAUGGCAACUAGGGAUGUGGUUUCUUGGAAUGCUAUGGUUACUGGCUACUCCCAGAGUGGUGAUUGUGAGAGUGCAGUUCAGCUAUUUAAUGAGAUGCAGGCAGAUGAUAUAUCACUCGAUGUUGUAACUUGGAGUGCAGUAAUUGCUGGUUAUGCACAGAGAGGACAAGGGAAUGAGGCCUUGACAAUUUUUAGGAAAAUGCAACUUUCAGGUGCAAAGCCCAAUGCUAUCACCCUCAUAUCACUCCUAUCAGCAUGUGCCUCUGUUGGAGCAUUGGUUCAAGGAAAGGAAGUGCAUGGUCAUAUUUUAAAAUAUUAUCCUGCUAGUAACAUUUGUGAAGAAAAUGCCAUGCUGAACAAUGCUCUUAUUGACAUGUAUGCCAAGUGCAAGCUUAUGGAAUCUGCAGAAGUUUUAUUCAAUUCAACAGGCAUGUCUGCCUCUUCAUUAGACAGAAAUGUGGUUACAUGGACCGUCAUGAUUGGAGGUCACGUUCAAAAUGGCAAUGCCAACAAUGCUCUACGACUCUUCUCUGAUAUGCUGCAUUCUCAAGCCAAGCCCAAUUCAUUUACCAUAUCAUGUGCUUUGAUGGCCUGUGCUGAUUUGUCUGCACUGCGUGAGGGUAAACAGAUCCAUGCAUUUGUUUAUAGAAACAGCAAGUAUCCUGUUCCUUUUGUCUCUAACUGCCUCAUAGAUAUGUAUUCCAAGUGUGGCACCAUAGAAACAGCAAGGAAAGUUUUUGAUAGGAUGCCUCAAAGAAAUGAAGUAUCUUGGACCUCAAUGAUGACUGGUUAUGGAGUGCAUGGGCGUGGCAAUGAUGCCAUUGGCAUGUUUCAUCAGAUGCAAAGAGAUGGCUUUGUGCCUGAUGAUGUAACCUUCCUUGUGCUGCUUUAUGCAUGUAGUCAUUCUGGACUACUGGAUGAAGGGCGCAAGUAUUUUGAAAGGAUGACUCCAGAUUAUGGAGUAGUUGCUGGAGCUGAACACUAUGCUUGCAUGGUUGACCUUCUUGGCCGAGCAGGCCAUUUGGAUGAGGUGCAAGAACUUAUAGCAAGCAUGCCAACGGAACCUAGCUAUGUUGUAUGGGUGGCACUCCUUAGUGCAUGCAGGAUUCACAAAAAUGUGGAGCUUGGCGAAUACGCAGCAAAGAGGCUAUUAGAAUUGGACUCAGAUGGAACUGAUGGAUCAUUUACACUACUCUCCAACAUAUAUGCCAAUGCUGGCCGCUGGAAGGAUGUUGCAAGAAUUCGGGGCUUGAUGAGGUCAUCUGGAAUAAAAAAGAGACCUGGGUGCAGCUGGGUCCAGGGCAGGGGUGGUACUACUGUCUUCUUUGCUGGAGACUACGCACACCCUCGAUCAGUUGAAAUAUAUGUGAUGCUUAAGACCUUGUUGAAAAGGAUCCGAGAGAUUGGUUACGUUCCAGAAACCAGCUUUGCCCUUCAUGAUGUGGAUGAAGAAGAGAAGGAUUCACUUCUCUCUGAACACAGUGAGAAGCUGGCACUCGCCUUUGCACUCCUUGAGGCAGUACCCGGGACUCCAAUUAGGAUUACCAAGAACCUUCGAGUGUGUGGUGAUUGUCAUUCUGCGAUCAAGUUUAUUUCACAAAUUGUUGAUCAUGAGAUUAUUGUUCGAGAUUCAAGUCGGUUUCAUCAUUUCUGCAAGGGUUCCUGCUCAUGCAAAGGGUUUUGGUGAGCAGUUGUAUGCCCUUUAUUUACAGAUGAAAUAGGAAAAUGGGUUAAAUAGUCGAAGAAGAAGAGAAGUUUGUUGUAUCAACAUAUCCCAGGAAAGUUCAACACAAGCCCUUUUCGUCCUAACGUUCCUACUCCUAUGGCAGUCAACCGCCUUCCUUCUCUGUACUAGCAUUCUUACAAUCGCCUUCUUUCUCUGUACUAGCAUUCUUACAACCGCCUUCUUGCUCUGUACUAACAUUCUUACAACAUUCUUCUUUCUCUAUACUAGCAUUCUUACUGCUGGAAAGCAGAAGGAGACGAGAAAAAUGCAUUUAUCUUGACAAUGUUCCUGUCAUCAGGUCGAUGGUUAUGGUACAAAAGGCUGAUAUAUAUUCCUAGUACUCCGUGCGUGCUCA